AUUGACAGCCUCAUUCCUUGCUAUAAGUGCAUGCUACUUUUGUGUUGAAAAAAGUAAGCCUGAACACAUAUUGUUGGCCCUUCAACAAGUAGGUCACCCACACACUGCACAGGCUAUUAAGGCAUGUGUGGACAAAUGCAUGCAAGAGUGGACCAUACCAAAGGAGAAGAUCCUGACGGUAAUAACGGACAAUGGGAGUAACAUGGUGGCAGCCUUUAAAAACACCACAGCAGAAGAAACCAGCUCUGAGGACGACUCCCCUGGGUCCACGAUCGAAAGUGACUCUGAAAUCGAUGACCAGCGGUAUCGUCAUGUCGACAUGGAAUUGGACCGGACACCAUGUGUUGUGCAUACCAUACAACUGGUGGUCCACAUGUUGCAGAAAGAAACAACUGUCAAAAGAGUUCUCGAUAAAGCUAGGUCUGUGGUGAAGCUCUUUCGCAAGUCCUCAGUUGCAACACAGAAGUUAUUGGACCAAUGUGGUGUUAUUGUUGUAAAUGACUGCCCCACACGCUGGUCAAGCACAUUUAACAUGAUCACACGACUCCUUAAAGUCAAAGAUGCAGUCUGUCAAAUCUCAAAUGACAUGGGAUGGAACAGUUUGCUUACUAGUGAGUGGCAAAAGCUUUCCUCAUUGCAUGACCUAUUGCUGCCUUUUGCAGAACACACUAAAACUCUUCAGAGUGACACCACAUCUAUGUCUCUAGUGGUUCCUGCCCUCUUUGAUCUGCUGACCCACCUAACUGACUUUGCAGUGAACACUCGGUACAGAGACCUAUAUUGA